CAGCCAGUAGGAGCCGCGGCCGCUGGAGGUGAGGCGCUGCGGCAGCGGCCUGGGCAGAGCUGGCAGAGAGGCGGUCGGGGGAGGGGUCAGCAGCAGCAGCCGGAGCAGCGGCCGUCACCAGCGCCGGCGCCAUGCCGAAUAAAAGCAAGAAGGAGAAAGAUCCUCCAAAAGCUGGAAAAAGUGGAAAAGAAGGGCAAGAAAAUCCUGAACAUGACGUCUCCAUCAAGAAAGUGAACAAUGUCCCCCCACCAGCUCAGGUAUCAAAGAUCAAGUUACCCACCCCCCAGGCUGUUGUGAAGAAAGAGAGGCGGCAGAGUUCCUCCAGAUUUAACGUCAGCAAUAACCGGGAACUGCAGAAGUUACCAGCGCUUAAAGAUGUUCCUCCAGCCGAGCAAGAAAAGUUAUUUGUCCAGAAGCUGCGCCAGUGCUGUGUCCUAUUUGACUUUGUUUCGGACCCGUUAAGUGACCUGAAAUGGAAGGAGGUGAAACGGGCGGCCCUGAGCGAGAUGGUAGAAUAUAUAACGCACAAUCGCAAUGUCAUCACAGAGCCCAUCUACCCAGAGGUCGUCCACAUGUUUGCCGUGAACAUGUUCCGGACGCUGCCGCCAUCUUCCAAUCCUACAGGUGCUGAGUUUGACCCAGAGGAAGAUGAGCCAACGUUAGAGGCGGCCUGGCCACAUUUGCAGCUGGUAUACGAGUUCUUCUUGCGGUUCCUGGAGUCUCCGGAUUUCCAACCCAAUGUGGCCAAGAAGUAUAUUGAUCAGAAGUUUGUUCUGCAGCUGUUGGAGCUCUUUGACAGUGAAGACCCCAGAGAGAGAGACUUCCUGAAGACGACUCUGCACCGGAUCUACGGGAAGUUUUUAGGCCUCCGAGCCUACAUCAGGAAACAAAUCAAUAAUAUAUUUUAUAGGUUUAUUUAUGAAACAGAACACCACAACGGCAUAGCUGAGCUUCUGGAAAUCCUCGGCAGUAUAAUUAAUGGAUUUGCCUUACCAUUAAAGGAAGAGCACAAGAUAUUCUUAUUGAAGGUGUUAUUACCAUUGCACAAAGUGAAGUCGCUCAGUGUCUACCAUCCGCAGCUGGCAUAUUGUGUAGUUCAGUUCUUAGAGAAGGACAGUACCCUUACCGAACCAGUGGUCAUGGCGCUGCUGAAGUAUUGGCCGAAGACGCACAGUCCUAAGGAAGUUAUGUUUCUGAAUGAGCUAGAGGAAAUUCUAGAUGUCAUAGAGCCGUCCGAGUUUGUGAAGGUCAUGGAACCACUUUUCCGACAGCUAGCCAAGUGCGUCUCCAGCCCACACUUCCAGGUGGCGGAGAGAGCCUUGUACUAUUGGAAUAAUGAGUAUAUCAUGAGCUUAAUCAGUGAUAAUGCAGCUAAAAUCCUUCCCAUUAUGUUCCCAUCCUUGUACCGAAACUCCAAGACACAUUGGAACAAGACAAUACAUGGUCUGAUAUAUAAUGCGCUCAAAUUGUUUAUGGAGAUGAACCAAAAAUUAUUUGAUGAUUGCACUCAACAGUUCAAGGCUGAGAAACAAAAGGAGAAGCUGAAACUGAAGGAAAGAGAAGAAGCCUGGGGUAAAAUUGAAAACCUAGCCAAAUCCAACCCCGAGUUCCCUAUGUAUACUGACACCUCCGCUCUGAACAGUCCGGUGGCUAUGGAAACAGAUGGACCCUUACUUGAAGAUGUACAGAUGCUUAAAAAGACAGUGAGGGAAGAGGCAUCUCAGGCUCAGAAAGAAGUGAAGAAGGAAAGACCUCUUGUGCGACGCAAGUCGGAAUUGCCUCAGGACAUCUAUACCAUGAAAGCCUUGGAAUCUCACUGCAGAGCUGACGAUUUAAUAACACACGACGGGCAUUAGACUAUGACAGUGACGUCUUGUUCUGUGGAUUUUCUUUCCGGAAGCAGUUACACAUUAGAGAGAGAACAUGACACUUGUGCCAUACUAACCUGUUACAUGCAGUCAGAGCUUUCUUCCACCCUCUUCUGUAGGCAAUAACGUUAUUACAGGACAGCCUAAGGGUGGACGUUCAAACAAUGGUACAAAGGAAACCCUGUAUCCUGUCUGUAGAAUGUGGGUGGCAUCUUUCUCGUUGGCCUUACCAGCGGCUGGUUACUGGCACACAGCCAGCCAUGCAGGUGACACUGGUGCUUCAUACCGGUCUAUGUACUUACCUUUCAGUCCUCUUUCCUAAGCGGUGUGUCUGGUAUACUUUCAGCAUGUGCUGCGGGACCUCUCUCUGCCAUAAGAGAUUCCUUGUUUUCUCCUGCUCACUUGUGUACAUUGGUUUUGCCUGGGACAAGCUCCAUAUACUGUUGAAGUUUGUCUUGUAUUGAAAGCCAUAUUCCCAUCUUUUAGUAUUACAGUACCAAUCUAUCUGCACUAACAGACCCUUGUAUCACCAUCGGAUCCAACAACGGAAGGCGUAAUGGAGAAACUGGUGUAUAAAAAAAGAUGUUCUUUAAAUAAAAUAUUGUUUCCCUUUUAGUCUCGUUCCUGGGUGUGGUUGCUGCUCAGUUGUCCAUCUGUGUGUUCUGCGUAAGCUGCGGACUGCUUGUUAGUGUGUGGCGGCUUGUCCUGCAGGAAGAUCAAUAGUCUAGUACAAUAAUAAUAAGAAUGGCCUGUCCAUAAUGGCAGCAGCUCUCUAGUGUGAGUAAAUGCAUUUAUUCUAAAGUUGUAUUUUAGAUGCGCAUUCUGUGGAAGCCAAACUCGCCAGUCACUUUGUAAAUACGUCCAAAUUGCUGUUUGACUGUAGAUGCUACUCUUCAUCCAUGAAGGUCACAUAGAAAGUCAGACUUACCCCCUCACCCAGGGUGUUUUGGUGUAAUAUGCCUAUUUGGGCCUUACUAGGGUUUUGUUUUCUUCCGAAAGUCCUAUAAGUCAGUAUUAGACCUCAGAAAAUACUUUAUCAUGACACCUACGUGUGUGCUUACAGUAAAUAUUAUAAUCGUCAAACAUUUUCUCCUAUUGCAGGAAAUGACUGGCUGUGAUGUUCCUGGGUAGUGUCCUGGUCCCCUACUUGAUUGUAGAGUGGAGAUGUAGGGAGGAACGGGUUCCCUGCUUGGCUGUAGUAGGGAGGAACGGGUUCCCUGCUUGGCUGUAGGGAGUAACCGGUUCCCCUGCUGGUCUGCAGUGCGGAGAUGUAGGGACAAACUGGUUCCCUGCUUGGCUGUAGUGGGGAGAUGUAGGGAGGAACUGGUUCCCGGCUUGGCUGUAGUGGGGAGAUGUAGGGAGGAACUGGUUCCCGGCUUGGCUGUAGUUGGGAGAUAUAGGGGGGAACUGGUCCUCUGUAUGCUGUAGUAGGGAGGGACUGGUUCCCUGCUUGGCUGUAGUGGGGAGAUGUAGGGAGGGACUGGUUUCCUGCUUGGCUGUAGUGGGGAGUUGUAGGGAGGAACUGGUUCCUUGCUUGGCUGUAGUUGGGAGAUAUAGGGAGGAACUGGUCCUCUGUAUGGCUGUAGUGGGGAGAUGUAGGGAGGAAAUGGUUCCCUACUUGGUUGUAGAGGGGAGAUGUAGGGAGGAACUGGUUCCCUACUUGGUUGUAGAGGGGAGAUGUAGGGAGUAAAUGGUUCCCUACUUGGUUGUAGAGGGGAGAUGUAGGGAGGAACUGGUCCUCUGUAUGGCUGUAGUUGGGAGAUAUAGGGAGGAACUGGUCCUCUGUAUGGCUGUAGUGGGGAGAUGUAGGGAGGAACUGGUCCUCUGUAUGGCUGUAGUUGGGAGAUAUAGGGAGGAAAUGGUUCCCUACUUGGUUGUAGAGGGGAGAUGUAGGGAGGAACUGGUUCCCUACUUGGUUGUAGAGGGGAGAUGUUGGGAGCAACGGGUUCCUUGCUUGGCUGUAGUAGGGAGGAACUGGUUCCCUGUUUGGCUGUAGUAGGGAGGAACUGUUUCCCUGCUUGGCUGUAGUAGGGAGAUGUAGGGAGGGACUGGUUCCCUGCUUGGCUGUAGUGGUGAGAUGUAGGGAGGAAGUGGUUCCCUGUUUGGCUGUAGUGGGGAGAUGUAGGGAGGAAGUGGUUCCCUGUUUGGCUGUAGUGGGGAGAUGUAGGGAGGGACUGGUUCCCUGCUUGGCUGUAGUAGGGAGGAACGGGUUCCCUGCUUGGCUGUAGUAGGGAGGAACGGGUUCCCUGCUUGGCUGUAGGGAGUAACCGGUUCCCCUGCUGGUCUGCAGUGCGGAGAUGUAGGGACAAACUGGUUCCCUGCUUGGCUGUAGUGGGGAGAUGUAGGGAGGAACUGGUUCCCGGCUUGGCUGUAGUGGGGAGAUGUAGGGAGGAACUGGUUCCCGGCUUGGCUGUAGUUGGGAGAUAUAGGGGGGAACUGGUCCUCUGUAUGCUGUAGUAGGGAGGGACUGGUUCCCUGCUUGGCUGUAGUGGGGAGAUGUAGGGAGGGACUGGUUUCCUGCUUGGCUGUAGUGGGGAGUUGUAGGGAGGAACUGGUUCCUUGCUUGGCUGUAGUUGGGAGAUAUAGGGAGGAACUGGUCCUCUGUAUGGCUGUAGUGGGGAGAUGUAGGGAGGAAAUGGUUCCCUACUUGGUUGUAGAGGGGAGAUGUAGGGAGGAACUGGUUCCCUACUUGGUUGUAGAGGGGAGAUGUAGGGAGUAAAUGGUUCCCUACUUGGUUGUAGAGGGGAGAUGUAGGGAGGAACUGGUCCUCUGUAUGGCUGUAGUUGGGAGAUAUAGGGAGGAACUGGUCCUCUGUAUGGCUGUAGUGGGGAGAUGUAGGGAGGAACUGGUCCUCUGUAUGGCUGUAGUUGGGAGAUAUAGGGAGGAAAUGGUUCCCUACUUGGUUGUAGAGGGGAGAUGUAGGGAGGAACUGGUUCCCUACUUGGUUGUAGAGGGGAGAUGUUGGGAGCAACGGGUUCCUUGCUUGGCUGUAGUAGGGAGGAACUGGUUCCCUGUUUGGCUGUAGUAGGGAGGAACUGUUUCCCUGCUUGGCUGUAGUAGGGAGAUGUAGGGAGGGACUGGUUCCCUGCUUGGCUGUAGUGGUGAGAUGUAGGGAGGAAGUGGUUCCCUGUUUGGCUGUAGUGGGGAGAUGUAGGGAGGAAGUGGUUCCCUGUUUGGCUGUAGUGGGGAGAUGUAGGGAGGAAGUGGUUCCCUGUUUGGCUGUAGUGGGGAGAUGUAGGGAGGAACUGGUUCCUUGCUUGGCUGUAGUUGGGAGAUAUAGGGAGGAACUGGUCCUCUGUAUGGCUGUAGUGGGGAGAUGUAGGGGGGAACUGGUUCCCUACUUGGUUGUAGAGGGGAGAUGUAGGGAGGAACGGAUUCCUUGCUUGGCUGUAGUAGGGAGGAACUGGUUCCCUGUUUGGCUGUAGUAGGGAGGAACUGGUUCCCUGCUUGGCUGUAGUAGGGAGGAACUGGUCCUCUGUAUGGCUGUAGUGGGUAGAUGUAGGGAGGGACUGGUUCCCUGCUUGGUUGUAGUGGGGAGAUGUAGGGAGGAACUGGUUCCCUACUUGGUUGUAGAGGGGAGAUGUAGGGAGGAACGGGUUCCCUGCUUGGCUAUAGUAGGGAGGAACGGGUUCCCUGCUUGGCUGUAGUAGGGAGGAACGGGUUCCCUGCUUGGCUGUAGUAGGGAGGAACGGGUUCCCUGCUUGGCUGUAGUAGGGAGGAACGGGUUCCCUGCUUGGCUGUAGUAGGGAGGAACGGGUUCCCUGCUUGGCUGUAGUAGGGAGGAACGGGUUCCCUGCUUGGCUGUAGUAGGGAGGAACGGGUUCCCUGCUUGGCUGUAGUAGGGAGGAACGGGUUCCCUGCUUGGCUGUAGUAGGGAGGAACGGGUUCCCUGCUUGGCUGUAGUAGGGAGGAACUGGUUCCCUGCUUGGCUGUAGUAGGGAGGAACUGGUUCCCUGUUUGGCUGUAGUGGGGAGAUGUAGGGAGGAACUGGUUCCCGGCUUGGCUGUAGUGGGGAGAUGUAGGGAGGACGUGGUUCCCUGUUUGGCUGUAGUGGGGAGAUGUAAGGGAGGAAGUGGUUCCCUGUUUGGCUGUAGUGGGGAGAUGUAAGGGAGGAAGUGGUUCUCUGUUUGGCUCUAGUGGGGAGAUGUAGGGAGGAACUGGUUCCCCGUUUGGCUGUAGUGGGGAGAUGUAAGGGAGGAACUGGUUCCCCGUUUGGCUGUAGUGGGGAGAUAUAGGGAGGAACUGGUUCCCUGUUUGGCUGUAGUGGGGAGAUGUAAGGGAGGAAGUGGUUCCCUGUUUGGCUGUAGUGGGGAGAUAUAGGGAGGAACUGGUUCCCUGUUUGGCUGUAGUGGGGAGAUGUAGGGAGGAAGUGGUUCCCUGUUUGGCUGUAGUGGGGAGAUAUAGGGAGGAACUGGUUCCCUGUUUGGCUGUAGUGGGGAGAUGUAGGGAGGAAGUGGUUCCCUGUUUGGCUGUAGUGGGGAGAUGUAGGGAGGAACUGGUUCCCUGUUUGGCUGUAGUGGGGAGAUGUAGGGAGGAAGUGGUUCCCUGUUUGGCUGUAGUGGGGAGAUGUAGGGAGGAAGUGGUUCCCCGUUUGGCUGUAGUGGGGAAAUGUAGGGAGGAGCGGGUUCCCUGUAUGCUGAAAAUCUAUCCCGGUUACUGAUAUUACCAACGAAGGAUACUGAUGCCUUUAUAAGGGACAUUGGGUUACUUGUAUAUUAUAUAUAUAUAUUUGCUAUACCAUUGUUUGAACUUCCAUCUUUUGCUGUCUAAUUUUAUUUUGUAUUUUUUCCCCUCCUGGAGUUUGGUUGUGUAUAAUGGGCGAGACUUCUACUGUUCUGUUUUUAUCCAAUCUACAAACUGUAUAUAAAUGUUUGGUUACCUGUGUAGUACUCCACUUUCACCAACCAUCUAUUAUUGUCUCGAUUUUUCUUUGUGCUCUUUAUUAUAGAUAAACAUUCACCAAAAUGAGGGGAAGCGACAAACGGGCCCCUAUAACAGCACAGCACAGUACUGUAUGCCGUGGUAUAGUGAUGACAGAUUCAUUCUGUACUUGCAUUUCAGUGACUUUUUAAUAUUUUUUAAUUUAAUGUUCCUAAAUAAAAUGUGUUGUGUACAAUACGCCGGGCUGAUAACACGCGGGGGCAGGUGUACGCCGGGCUGAUAACACGCGGGGGCAGGCGUACGCCGGGCUGAUAACACGCGGGGGCAGGCAGACGCCCCGUCACUUUGGUGAUUGUUUACCAUGAUAAAGUUACUGUAUACUGUAUACUGCUUCCAGAACCUACCUGUACAUGAGGAAACUCAGCAGUACUCUGAAGAGUGUCUUUUUAGCGUGGCUUAGUAUGGCUUUUAUUUUAAUAUUGUACAUACAUUGUACUUUGUUUUAUGGUAAUAAUAAAAACUUAGACUUCA